AUGAGCUAUUCUUGUACGAGAAGAGGCAGCAGCCAAGACGCCAAGACUGGAGCGACUGGAGGAGCGCACAAUCCGUCCACAGACCCGGGGGCGCAGGCGGCCGCGAGCGGACACAGCUGCAGCAGGAGCCCCAAGGAGAGAGGCGGGAUGCGGGUGAGGAAAGGCUCGCUGGACGUGGUGGUGGGGGUCCCGGUGACCACGGAGGAAGACCUGCUGUCUAGCUCCGCGGGGAUCACGCCUGAGGACGUGUUGGGUCUGCAGAAGAUCACAGACAAUUAUCUGUGUGGUCCAGAGGAGAAUAUUUUCAACAUCGACUUCACCAGAUUCAAGAUCAGAGACAUCGAGACCAGCACCGUUCUGUUCGAGAUCACCAAACCUCCAUCCACAGACAAAGCCGGAGACAAGAGGGACAUGGACCCAAACGCCGGGAGGUUCGUCCGAUACCAGUUCACUCCAGCGUUUCUCCGACUGAGACAAGUGGGAGCUACAGUGGAGUUCACCGUUGGAGAUUUGCCGAUAGAAAACUUCCGGAUGAUCGAGAGGCACUAUUUCAGGGAGAAGCUGCUGAAGAGUUUUGACUUUGAGUUUGGUUUCUGUAUGCCCAACUCCAAGAACACCUGCGAGCACAUCUACGACUUUCCCCCGCUGUCAGAGGACACCAUCCGCGACAUGGUCCUGCACCCGUACGAGACGCAGUCCGACAGCUUCUACUUUGUGAACAAUAAACUGGUUAUGCACAACAAGGCGGACUAUUCCUACAACGGCGGCACAUAG